AUGACAGACUCUUCUCCUCUUCUGCCAAUUCGGGAGCUCAUCGCUUGCACACCCGACCCCGAGCAGGCCACCAUUCCUUGCUCCCCCGGUGCAUUGAUGAGAACAACGCAGCCCACGCAAAUCCUGCCCCUCACUUCCUCGCCGAGCAUCGUCGAGGUGCCCGCCUCCUCGCCCUUCUCAAAGCCGAAGCUUGGCUCGCGGCUCGCGCCCGCUGGCACGAUUUUUCGUCCUCCGCCGCCUCGGCCACGGCCAGUGCCUUCUCCGAAGCGCCCCAACCCGGACACCAUUUCGCUGCUCUCGGACGACGAAGAGGAUAGCCUGCAGCCACCCAGGGGUGACAUUAAACCGACGGACUUUAGAGCACGCGUAUCCUCUUUUGCUUACAAGCCAAGAUUGGACGAUGGAGCGCAGAAGAAGAAACUAAAACAGGUCUUUGAUGUAUUGGGCAACAAAGUUACUCCGGAGCAGGUCCGCGAGGCGCUGCGCGCCUGCGACAAUGAUGUGGAGGAUGCAAUACAGCACUUGGAAGACCAAACCCGAAAGAAGAAGCGGCGGCUUGUGCAAGGGCGGCGGCCGAGCCUCAUUUCACCCAAGAAGUCUUCGCCACCUCUCCCGUCCUCUCCACCGAAGCCACAAUCACCUGUACAACAAGAGGUCAUUCUUAUAGAAGAUGACGCGGAUAACUAUGAGGAAGAGGCCGAGUCCGCGACUGACGAAGACGACCGAGUUUUAGAAUCGAUCAAUAAUAGCACAUUGCAAGAGCUUGCUGCAAUGACUGGCAUGAAGGAAAACAUGUUGGAUCCAAUCAUUGAACAUCGGCCUUUUGCUGACUUGUACGCUGCCCGAAAACUCUCCAUCAACAAAUCAGGCUCCCGAAAGGGUGGACGGAUCAGCAUCGGCGAGACUGUCGUCGACGCCGUGCAAGUCUUUUUGAAUGCUGUCGCAGCCAUUGAUGAGGUUGUCGCCACGUGCGACGCCAAGGCCCGCACCGUCAAGAGUGUUAUGGACACUUGGGACCUCGAUUCCUUUGGCCACUCCAAGAGCAGAAAAUCUCCCGACGAUGGGGCACCUCUGACACCCAACAGCAUAUCCAGCUUUGUGCCGCCUCUUGUGCCUCAACAACCUUCCCUGAUGGAUGGCCAUUGCCGUAUGAAGCCGUUUCAGCUAUUCGGUCUCAACUGGAUGACUCUUCUCAACAAUUACGGCAUUGGCUGCAUCCUUGCUGACGAGAUGGGUCUCGGAAAGACUUGUCAGGUCAUUUCAUUCAUAUGCCAGCUGGUUGAGUCGGCUGAUGGGACGCAACCCUGGCCGAAUCUUGUUGUCGUGCCGCCGAGCACUUAUAACAAUUGGUUGGCUGAAUUCGAAAGAUUUGCUCCCGGGCUGUCCGUCAUUGGGUAUCGCGGGUCGCAGCGGGAACGAGCUGAAAUAGCCUACCAGGUUGAGCAGGAUCUCGAGGCUUAUCAUGUUGUGCUAGCCACAUACUCCCAAAUCAAUUCCGAUGCUGAUCUGGAAGCUAUGCAAUCUUUCCGCCUCAACGCCGCCAUUUUCGACGAGGGACACAAGAUGAAGAACCCGGAAACCAAGGUUUACAAGGAUCUGCGCCGCAUACCUGCGGCAUGGAAGAUGCUCCUCACUGGCACUCCUGUACAAAAUAACUUGCUUGAAAUGACGGCGCUCCUGAACUUUAUCAAUCCGCAAAUGUUUGACGGGUACAUGCAACACAUUCUAUACAUUUUCAGCCAAAAGGUAACCAUUCGCGACGUUUCAAAUGGCGCUUUUCUCUAUAGCGAGCGAGUCAAGCGUGCUCGCACGAUUCUGGAGCCAUUUAUUCUCCAGCGCCGCAAAGAUCAGGUUCUAUCAGAUCUACCACGCAAGAUUUGCUCCACGGUACACUGCGAGAUGACAGAGGAUCAGAAACCAAUAUAUACCGAGUACGAGGAAUUGUUCAAGACUGCUCCCUCGCAGCGCAAAUCGAGCGGCCGCCAAAAUGACCAGAACAACGUGUGGAUGCAGCUGCGCAAAGCUGCUCUCCAUCCAUUGCUCUUCCGCCGCCACUUUACAGAUCGAGUCGUGACGAAGAUGGCCAAGAUACUUAUGGACCGCGUUCCACAGUCGGAGCUGCACCAACCUGACAUUAAGCACCUGAUUCAAGAGCUAAAGAACUCGUCCGACUUUGAGCUGCAUCUCUGGUGUCGGGACUACCCAAUGCUGAAAGAAUUCGACAUCUUGCCGUCGUCACAGCUGAAUAGCGGCAAAGUCAAGAAGCUGCUACAGUUAAUUGGACAGUAUCAAGCCAACGGUGAUCGUGUGCUGGUCUUUUCCAAGUUUUCGCGCCUCAUUGAGCUGCUGCAGGAAGUUCUCGCCAAUCACGUCAUCGACCACCGCGUGCUCAUGGGCAGCACCAGCGUGUCGGAGCGCCAGGCUCUCAUUGACGAGUUCAACCGCGACGCCAACAUUCCCGUGUUCUUGCUGACGACGGGCGCGGGCGGCACGGGCAUCAACCUGACGUCGGCCAACAAGAUUGUCAUCUUUGACCAGUCGGACAAUCCGCAGGACGAUAUACAGGCGGAGAACCGCGCGCACCGCCUGGGCCAGACGCGCGAUGUUGAGGUUCUGCGGCUGAUUGCCGCGGACACCAUCGAGGAGCUCAUCUACAAGGCGUGCCAGAAGAAGAUUGAGCUGGCCAACAAGGUGACGGGUGUCGACGGCGCGGCAGAUGUGGGCGACAAUUUGGAAAUGGAGGUGCGGAAACUCAUGAAGAAAUAA